GUAUGCGAAACUAUGAAGAUUGCACUGUAUUCUAUUCUUCUCAUUACCGUUUGUUAUUUAUCAUCUACAGAUGCUUAUUUAUUUGACCCUAAGGCAGUCGAUGCUCUUCUUAGAGAAAUUCGAGCAAGGUUACAGGCGACAGGCAAAGAGCCUCACGCAAGGAAAAUUGAGCAGGAAACUGAAGAAAUUAAAAAAGAAGAGCUAAUGCAAGCUGAGGAUGUGGAAGGUUCUGGAUCAGGAGAAGAAAUUGAAGGAUCCGGAGAAGUUAUCAGUACAAUAACCGGAGUACCAAUUAUGGACAAUGAAGAGAAGAAAGACUUGAAACCAGAAAAUUUCCCAAGACCCGAACCAAUUUUUGAUAAAUAUGGAAAUUUGAAAAGCAAGGACAAACUUGAAGCGUUGACAUAUUCCAACUUUAAGAAACAAGCACCUGCGACCUUGCAAGAUCACUACAAUUUAAAUCCUACUGGCACAUUACAAAUGCUUCAAGGACUCGAUAUUCAUGGAGGCUCUGGUGGAUACCAUAGAGCACUUUCCGGUGGAUAUCUUCCUCCAUCAACAUAUGAUCCUUAUAACGUGAAUUGGCACAGUUAUGGGGAUGAGGGUGUCAAAAUGAAGGACAAGGCGAUCUCUGUAUUCAGAAGGGUUAUUGCACCUGGACGUUGAAUAUUGUUAAUUUGUUGUUUUAUUUUUCAUUGUUCAUUUUUUUUCAAAUUUUCUUUUCAUUUUGUCAUCUUCAAAUAUCUUGUCACUAAUACAAUUCAGCUGUUGCGAUAGAAAACCAAUACUGCUUCAUAAUAAAACGUUUCUUAUUUUG